AUGACGAGGACACAACACCCACAAAAAUUGAACACAUACUAUAUCAUUCCUGGUGAAUUGGAGAAGUGGAUAGAGUCUAAUGGAGGAGAAAACAAUGUCAUUACAGCACUCAUAAAUACGAAUGUCAAAGAGUAUCGGAAACGAUCCUCACAAAUGACAAUUAACAUACCGAAAAAGCCAGUAACAACGUCACUACCACCUUUAUCCCCUCCACUGUCUCCAUUACUACCAACAGCAUCACCACUUAUUACUCCUGCCACCACCACUUCAACAACCACUACUACUGAUACGCCUUUUUCAGCAUAUCACCCAAUACAAUUAUCUCCAAUUUCAAAUUCUGCUAGUAAUACUACGUCAACGACGGGAACCUCCUCUUCAGCCCCAGCAACUUCAAUAACAACAUCUUUUCAAUCCAUACCACCACAAUCCUGUGCUACUACUACUACUACUACUACUACGACAACGACUGCACGCUCACCUAAAAAAUCUUUAAGUUGGCUCAGUAGCUUAUUUUCGCCUUCGCACUCUAAUUCAUCUAUUUCUGCUUUGUCUAAUACUACUGCUGUCGCCUCUACCACCGAACAUACACGUACUUCCAAAAAGUCGCAUUCAGCGUCACCUUUUUUCUUUUUUGGCAAUAAAAAACGAAAGCAUGCAUCGUCAACAUCUAUACCAAUACCACAGGGAGACCUAUUAAAUCAGUCAGCAUCGACACCGCCACCACCACCGAAACAUCGGCCAGAGUUGAAUUUACCAGAAAGGUAUCCAUCCUCAAUUGAACGCGUUCUAUACCAGCUUUCGUGUAUGAAGCUCAUGAAAAGAAGGCCUUUACUACAGCAAGUCGUUGUAGCGAACUUGAUUUAUAAAUAUAUAUCUAUGUUAGCAGAAGACAGGGAAAAAAGACGACAACUACAAAGACAACUACAGCAGCAACAACAACAACUUGAACAGCCAUUUAACGAAGAGAGUGAGCUUGAAUUCAACAGCAACGCGUUUACAUCUAGCAAUAAUACUACUGCUACUACUAUUUCUACUACGAUAAACUUUUUGGAAAGUUGCGUUAUAGAAGGGAGUCAUUUAGAAUUCGGCGACUUUUAUAGUUACCAAGAGGAAGAGGACGACGACUAA